AUGACUGACUAUUCUUCAUACCAACAUCUGCUGAUCGAGAAGGCCGACGGCAUCAUGACGCUUACGAUGAACCGCCCCGAGUCGCUGAACUCCGCCAAUUUUCGCCUGCACAACGAGCUGAGCCGUAUUUGGCUGGACAUUGCGGCGGAUCCCGAAGUGCGGGUGGCCGUCGUUACCGGCGCCGGCGAUGCGUUUUCCGCCGGCGGCGACUUCGAGAUGAUCGAGCAGGCCAUCGACAACCCGGCUAUUAUUGCCCAGAACACCCAGGAAGCCAGCGAUAUCGUCUAUAACAUCCUGAAUCUGGACAAGCCCAUCAUCUCGGCCAUCAACGGCGUUGCAGUGGGUGCGGGUCUGGCGGUUGCGCUGAUGGCAGACAUCUCCAUUGCCGCCGAAGACGCCCGCAUUACCGACGGCCACAUCCGGCUGGGCGUUGCAGCGGGAGACCACGCGGCAAUCAUCUGGCCCCUGCUAUGCGGAAUGGCCAAGGCCAAGUACUACCUGCUGACCUGCGAGUUUCUGGAUGGCAAGGAGGCGGAGCGAAUCGGCCUGGUCAGCAUGUGCGUGCCGCGGACCGAACUGAUGGAAACCGCCAUGCGGAUCGCCCGGCGACUGGCCGACGGCCCGCAGCCGGCUAUCCGCUUCACCAAGAGGGCAUUGAACCAGUGGCUGCGACAGGCGGGUCACACGUCCUUCGAUUAUUCACUGCUCGCAGAGGCGCUGGGUUUCUUCGGCGACGACGUGAAGGAGGGGCUGGCCGCCCUGCGUGAACGGCGCCGUCCCGAGUAUCCGUCUGCUUCGGCAUAG